GUGUGCGUGUGUGUUUGCGCGUGCGCCACACCAUGCAGAUCACUUAAAUUUAGCUAAUUGCUGCAAAUAAUUAAGUUGGCCUUUAUACUGAUGUCAACAGCACUUGCAACCCCUCCAUGACAACAUUACAGCAGUGGUGGAAAGUACAUUUACUUGAGUACAAAUACAAUUUUGAAGUAAUACUAGUUUGCUUGGAUAUUUCAAUUUUCUACUGCUUAAUAUUUACAAUUCAGAGGGGGAUAUUAAUACUUUUAACUCCUCAAGUGUCUUUGAAGAUGAAAAUUACAUAUGCAAAUUUGAGAUCUACUUUAAUUUGCUCCACCUAGAAAAAGUGCUUACACAUUGGUAGAAUCUUGUCACCCAAUGGUAACCCCAGGAUAUGGUGUCUUCAUCAUGGUUGAAAAAAAUUGGUGUAUGAUUUUUAUGACAGAUUCAUAGAAAACGAAGGAUACCUCAUUCUCUAAUGUGGGUAUCCUGGUUUACUGCGGCCCCUAAACGCAACGUUGUGGUUAUUGUAUUGCAUCACGCGGAAGAAACAAGCCCACCACUACACCAAUGGACAACGAGAACACACGGGCGGUUACAGUAUGACUGUAUUCAACUGAUGUACAUCUGUUUGUAUAUCUUUUAAAAAAAAAAAGAGAGAUUAAUGUUGGUGUCAAAGUAUCUGGUAUGUUGUGUUAAUUUGAAAAACCAAAGAGUAACUUAGUCGCGACGUGGUGGACAACACUAACAGUCCAAACCGUUGCCACACGUGCUCGUUAACUCCUCUGGUUAAAAAGAAACGAUCAUCGCCGACAUUCUCCGUUUUCUGCCAUCUCCAGUGUUUCCUCUACCUCUUCCCUAACGACAUUUGUCGGUGUCCAGAUGGAGAAGGAGCCCCUGCCAACUGAUGAUGACAAGACAGAGGUCAACGGCUACACUGGUGAGGAGAGUCAGCAGGCCUCGUCCGAGCCUCCAGCUCGAGCAGGAUGGAACAGUAAAAUAGAGUACUUUUUGGCUCAGGUGGGAUUCAGCGUCGGGCUUGGCAAUGUCUGGAGGUUUCCAUAUUUGUGCCAUCAGAAUGGAGGAGGAGCUUUUCUCCUCCUGUACGUGAUGCUCAUGCUGGUUGUGGGCAUUCCUUUGUUCUUCCUGGAGCUGGCAGCCGGUCAGGCCAUUCGACAAGGCAGCAUCGGAGUGUGGAGGUACAUUUCCCCCAGGCUCGCAGGGAUCGGCUAUUCCAGCUGUGUGGUGUGUUUCUUUGUGGCUCUCUACUACAAUGUGAUCCUUGCCUGGAGUCUUUUCUAUCUUGGGAACUCGUUCCAGCACCCUCUACCUUGGAACCAGUGUCCAGAACAGGGGAAUUUAACAGUAAAAGAAUGUGAAAAGAGCUCCCCCACAUCGUAUUUCUGGUACCGCAAAGCUUUGAAUAUCACAGACUCAAUUGAUGACACGGGCUCUUUCAAUCCUUACAUCGUCUGCUGUCUUCUGGCGGCCUGGACCAUCGUGUGCCUGGGAAUGUUCAAGGGUAUCAAGACCUCUGUCAAGGUGAUGUAUUUCUCCUCCAUCUUCCCCUACGUUGUUCUGAUCUGCUUCCUUGUCCGAGGACUCAUGCUGGAUGGGGCCUUAGAGGGAAUAUCCUUCAUGUUCUACCCAAAGUUGGAAAUUUGGGCAGACUUGCAGGUGUGGCGGCAGGCAGCCACACAGGUUUUCUUUGCCCUGGGUCUUGGCUUCGGCUCCAUUAUUGCCUACUCGUCCUAUAAUCCCAAGAAUAACAACUGCCACCGGGAUGCCUUCACUGUCUCUGCUAUAAACUUCCUCACAUCUGUGCUGGCCACUCUGGUGGUGUUUGCUGUGCUCGGCUUCCGCGCCAAAGGCAAAGUCAUGGAAUGUGUAGUCAGAAAUAUGAAUGAGCUAUCGGAGCAGUUUCACAGCGGCCAUGUGGAUGAAAACCUGAUGCCAAACUUCAACUACUCUAUUCCCAGUUCUGUGCAUGUACAGCGCUACAGGGCCUGGUUUAAAGAACAUGGAAAUAAUGUCCCUGGCAAUUUAACGGACUGUGACCUAGAACAAGAGAUGCAGAAGGGUGUGGAGGGUACAGGCCUAGCUUUUAUUGCCUUCACAGAGGCCAUGUCACUUCUGCCUGGCAGCCCUUUCUGGUCAGCACUCUUCUUCCUCAUGUUGCUCAACUUGGGACUCAGCACCAUGUUUGGCACCAUGGAGGGCAUCCUCGCCCCGCUCACUGACCGCUUCAAAACUCUGGCCAACAACAAGACCAAACUCACAAUUUUCAGCUGCAUCAUAGGCUUUCUGAUUGGCCUGCUCUUCACCCAGCGCUGUGGGAACUACUUUGUGAUGAUGUUCGAUGAUUACUCUGCCACUCUGCCCCUCAUUAUUGUGGUGGUGUUUGAGACCUUCAGUGUGUCCUGGCUAUAUGGAGCAGACAGGUUCCUUGAUGAUAUUGAGGCAAUGCUGGGCUGGCGCCCCAGUGUGGUGUACAAGUACCUUUGGAAAUACGUUUGCCUGCUUUCUAUGCUGGGGUUGCUGGGAGCCACCACCAUUCGCAUGUUCAUCAAAAGACCCACUUACAUGGCAUGGAACCAAGCAAUGGCCUCUGAGGAACACCUGCCGUACCCUGGCUGGGCUCUGGCUGUUCUGGCUUUACUGAUCAUAAUUGCCAUGAUGCCCGUCCCAGUGGCCUUGGUCCACGCUGUUCUGAAGGAAACGACAAAGAAAAUAUCCAGAGAUACAGAGAAUGGUGAAUACAGCAUGGUAAGCACAGAUGACAAGUGUGACACUCCCGUGACUGAAAUGACAGAAGUCGAACAAAGGAGCAGGACCUUUGCUUCUUUUUCCUAAACGCUGAACUUGUGAUAUUACAAUGUGGGAAAUGAACCUGCAGUACCCAGUCAAAAUUUAACUUUGCCAUUUUAAAGGACAAUUUAAUUGCGUCUCCCUCUUUUGUGGCGAUAUGGCACAGAGAGCAAAUGCAGUAUAUACCGAAAGGUUCAAUUUUUUUAAUAUUUAAAAACUUUUUUUUAUAUGUAAAUGAAGUCCAAACAUAUCCACAUGAUAUUACUUUUUUUUUUUUUUUUUUAAAUACUACUGUUCCAACCAGUCUACCAACUUUUGAAAAGUGUGUAAUAUAGAAAAUAUGGAACAAAUAAUAUAUUGCCAUAUGAUGACUAAAAGGUUGAAUUUCCAACAACUGCUGAUUUUUAGAGUUGUUGUCCCAAUGUUUUAGUUUUCAGUAUAAGCCUUGGACAUCACAUAAACACGUUCCUGCAUUUUUUUUUUGUAUAAAUAGUUCACUUGUACAUUUAUCUACAAUAAUGAUGACUUUUUUUUUCACCUUUAUAAAAACACUCACGUGUGAGAUGUACCUCAUCAUUUCAAGAAUUGAUACAUACUACUUUGACAGUAAAUAUCCCCAAAAAUUCCUAAACCAGCAACCUUUUGCUCCUCAUUUUGUUAUAGACAGAACUUGUUACAAAAGGUUUGUGAGACUGUUACACCAGGAAAGGGGAAAUUCAGGUAUGUUGAAAUGAAGUACAGCUAUUAGGUACAGUAUUAAUGCUAUUUACAACACAGAGGCCAUUAACAACGUUUACAGCUCAACACCACUGACUCCUGAGUCACUGUAGAUUCUACAGUUUCAGGUCACAGGUACUAUAUGUAUUCAGGCAAAUUGUGUAUCUACACAUUUCACACUACACAUGUAUGUGAACAUUCUCUGUUCAACUUGAAAUCCAACAGCUGAUGUACAGUAUAUGAGUAUGAAAUUUCUGGCUUUGUUUUACAGUGAUUGUCAUUUUAACAUCACUGUUGUCUCGGUAUUGGUAAAAGUUUAAAAUUCGACUCUGAAAAUACAUUUCUAUCAUUCUGUCAUGUCCAUUUCUGUGACAUCAAACUUCAGCAACAAAAAAAUCAUCUGUUGUAAUGAAUACAGGAACAAGGGCUGUUGGCAACCUGCAGCCUGGUUUUUUUUGUUUUUGCUGAACCGGUUGAUCAAGUGACAGCAUGGUACACACACUGAGGGGAAAGUCAAAGUUGUAAUGUAAAUAUGUAUAUAGUACAUGGGAAAAGUCUUCAAGAACAGAUGUUAUAGAAAUUUGUAUAUCAAUUUGUACGUCAGUUUUUACAUCAAAUUUGCAUGAAGCAUUGUUUUGUCUUAGUUUUUUAAGCUCGGGUUUAGGAGGAAACUAGGUGCAUGUUUAUUUCAAAGGGCUAUACAAAGUCUCUGACCGGGCAAAGUACUCCUUUACCUAAGAUGUAACUAUUAAUACAUGUCAUGUAAUUGAUGUGAUGAUUUUUGAGAACUAUUUUGUACACUUAAGUCCUUGAUCAUCAUCUUCUUCUGUUUGCAGUAGCCAUUUUUCUGAAGUUAAAGGUGUUGGUUUUUUUACAUUCUCAGUGGGUUACUAUCCAAAUGAAUUGACCUCAUGAACUUUAAUGCUGCUGAAUGUAACUUUAUUGACCCUAAGUGCCUUCAGAUUUAAUGAGGCUGAUUGAACAAAUGUUAAAAGCAUUCCAGCAUAUAAUUUUAAAAAUUUCUUUUGGCAGACUCAUUUUUCAAUAGUGUAUGUAGUUUGUCUAUAUGAAAUGAAUUUUUAAGAAAAUGUAAUAUAAUGCCACUUCUAUGUAAUAUAUUGUCGUUCUUUUAUUAAAAAAAGUACAGCAAAAUACUGUAUUAAAACAA